AUGAAUACCGAGAAGCAGGCCGAGGACGGCAUCCAUCCGGCCGCCACGGCAGAGCAAGAUGUCGACCUCACCAAGGUCGACAUCAAGGAUGAAACCGGAGACCUCGCCGUCAAGGCUUUGGCUGCCGGCGCCGUCGAUGCGGAAAUGUCCAAAAAGGUUCGGCAAAAGAUUGACAGAUACAUUCUGCCCUUCCUAUGUGUCACCUACGCGCUCCAGUUCAUCGACAAGACAUCACUGGGCUACAGUUCAGUGUACAAGAUCAUUGACGAUAACAAACUCGUCGGUCAGGACUACUCAUGGGUCUCGUCCAUUUUCUAUUUUGGUUAUUUGCUAGCCGAGUACCCCGGAAUCGCCAUCCUCCAGCGCUUCCCCGUGGCAAAAUUCAUGGGCGUCAACAUUGUCCUCUGGGGCAUCGUGCUCAUGUCGACGGCCGCGUGCUCGUCGUUUGCCGGGCUCGCCACGGCGCGCUUCAUCCUCGGCAUGACCGAGGCCACCAUCUCGCCCGGCUUCGUGGCCGUGACGGGCAUCUGGUGGACGCGGCAGGAGCAGGCCAGCCGCUCCGCCCUCUGGAUCUCCUUUCUCGGCGUCGGCAGCUUCGUGGGCGUCUUGGUCGCCUACGGCAUCGGCCAUAUCACCGGCCACCUGCAUCCGUGGCGGUAUAUUUACAUCAUCCUCGGCGCCGUCACCAUUGUCUGGGGCGUCGUCUUUACCCUCUGCGUGCCCGACAGCCCGUCGCGGGUCAAGUGGCUGAGCGAGGAGGAAAAGGUGGCCGCCGUGCAGCGCGUCAUCGAGAACAAGACGGGCACCAAGAGUCGGCGCUUUGUCCGCGAGCAGGUCGUCGAGGCGGCCCUGGACCCCAAGAUUGUCAUUCUGGGCCUCAUAUCCUUUGUCAACGCCCUGGCUUCCGGUGGCCUGUCGUUUGGCUCCCUCAUCAUUUCUGGCCUCGGCUUCGGAGCCAUUGAGACCACGUUGAUGAACUUGCCCCUGUCUACUGUCCAAUUGGUCGCCCAGCUUGGAUGCGGUUAUCUGACUUCCAAGAUUUCGAAUUCACGUCUACACAUUGCAUCUCUGGCCAUGAUUCCUCCUAUCAUCGGCACCUGCUUGAUUAACCAACUCGCGACCGACAACAAAUGGGGCCGCCUCGUCGGCCUCUGGCUUCUAGGUUCAUAUCCAGUGGGCUUCAUGGUGAUCCUGGGCCUGCUGUCGACCAACAUUGCAGGGUCCACCAAGCGCUCCAUGGCCUCGGGCUGGGUCUUUGUGUGCUACUGCGUCGGCCAGAUUGCCGGGCCGCAGUUCUUCAAGUCCACCCAGGCGCCGGCCUACCACGGCGGCAUCGCCGCCAUGCUCGCGGGCUUUGUGCUCAACCUGGUGCUCAACCAGGUCCUGCGGUUCCUGUACGUGCGCGAGAACCGGCGCCGCGACCGCGCCAUUGCCGGCAAGUCCGAGGAGGAGCUGGCCGAGAUGCAGCGCGAGAGCGAGCUUCAGGGUUUCGAGGACGUGACGGAUAAGAACAAUGCCAUGUUCCGUUAUGUCAUUUAA